GACGAUGCUCACUUCGAAAAUUUCAAAAAUCGGUAAAGUGGUCAUAUGUGGUGGCAAGGGUGUUGGGAAAACCGCUAUGCUGGAACAGCUCAUCUAUGGCCACGUUACGAUCGAUUCGGAACUACACAGCACAAUCGAGGAUACAUACGUGGCGAGCGUAGACACGGGGAAGGGUAGUAGAGACAUGCUGCGCAUUUACGACACGGCUGGGCUGCAGGGAAACGUGCAGCUUCCCCGGCACUAUCUUCUCUUUUCGGACGCUUUUAUACUAGUGUACGAUCCGAGCGAUCCAGCCAGCCUGGACAUGCUCGCCGGAAUUAAAAGUGAUAUCGAUAAGUACAAGGAUAAGAAGGAGAUGAUAAUUGUAGUGAUAGCAAAUAUGCACUCACGUCAAGCACGGCUGACGGGUGGUGGACCACCGAUUAACGUCCCCUCGACAGGUGGUCAGACGGUGCCACACUCUCCGAACGGUAAUCACCACAGCAAUGGCACAAACGCCAAUUCGCAAAUCGGCAACAACGAUCUAAUUGAAUCCAAUCUCAACCGCGCCAACAAUUGGUGCGCACGGGAACGCAUCAAACAUUACACGGUCAAUGCGAUGGAACGUGCCUCGCUGUACGAACCGUUCAUACAGCUCGCUAUCCGGCUGUACCCGACGCAAACCAAAAGCUCCUUUCCUCAGCUCCGGCAGCUCACGCAAAAAACGUCCAAAGUGGACAAUAGCUAGUAU